UUACAAUCAUAAACAUGUUCGCCAAGUUGGUAGUCUCACUUUGCGUUAUGGGCGUUGCCCACGGCAGUGGCCUCUUGGCGGCCGCUCCAGUAGCGUACAGCAGCCACGCUAUCGCGGCUCCCGCUAUUGUCACUAAGACCAUCAGCCCCGCUGUCUCUUCAGUGUCUUCCUACUCGACCCACACAGCGCACGCUGCACCUAUCGCCACCUAUGCCGCCGCUCCUGCCAUCACUACAUCCUACGCGGCUGCACCAGCCAUCGCUACAUCUUACGCUGCCGCACCAGCCAUCGCUACAUCCUACGCCGCUCCCGUAGUGACCAAGACCAUCUCGCCAGCCACUACCUCCUACUCCUCUUACUCGACCCAAACCGCUCACGGCUCUCCUGUCGCGACCUACGCCGCUCCCGCCGUCGCCGUACACUCCGCCCCCGCUGUGGCCGUACACUCCGCCCCCGCUGUGGCCGUAGCUGCCGCCCCCGCUGUGGCCGUAGCUGCCGCCCCCGCUGUGUCUUCUUACUCUUCCUACUCCACCCAGACCGCUCAUGGAGCUAGAGCGUACGCCGCUCCCGCGUAUGCCUCAUACGCCGCUGGACCCGCGUACGCCUCAUACGCCGCUGCUCCCGCGUAUGCUUCUUACGCCGGUGGACCCACGUACGCCUCAUACGCCGCCGCUCCCGCAUACACCUCUUAUACCAAGACCUACUCUGCCCCUGCAGUAACCUCAUACGCUAGGACCUACGCCGCACCAGCCAUCGCCUCAUACUCAGGCAACUAUGCUGCUCCUGCUUACGCGACCUACGCUGCGGCUGCCCCAGUCUUGAAAUCUACCGUGUCAUACUCUGCAGCUCCCGCAGUAUCUCACAUCUCUUACAGCGCUCAUGGAGCUAACUACGCUUGGUGAUCUAAGUUAUAGUUAUCGUUGGUUAAAGA